AUGAACAAACUGAUGGAGAACAUGUCUGCGCCCGUCACGGCAGUGGCACGGCCGCCAGAGAAUAAGUGCGAAUUCCACGAGACAAACGCCAACACAUUCUAUCUAUAUAUGUUCGCCAUUACCCCGACUUCUAUCAUGGGAAUCGUCUUGAAUGCCAUCAUCUUGAUCGUUCUCGGAAAGCAGCAGAAAAACGCAGUUGCAACUUCUGUAUUCCUACUGCGCAUACUCGCCGGAUGUGAUAUAUUCUUCCUGUUGUGUUGUUUGGUGUUUUUCUUCAUCCGACAUAUGGUGGUCUAUUUCGAACACCGGACCGCCAUCUUCACAAGAGGCGACAACUACAUCGGAGGAGAUAUAUUCUAUUGGAGCAUUCCAUGGUAUUUCGCCGCGUUGCAAUCUCGCAAUGGGUUAAUUGUCCUCAUUACGCUAGAGCGGUUUUUGAAUAUCGUCUUUCCGUUAUGGGCGAGGCCAUACUGCACAGAGAAAAACUUCGGGAAAGCUGCGAUAGGCAUAAUUUUAUUAUCACUUUCUUGCAAUAUGCCAACGUAUUGGUUCCUCGAGCAAAUCAAUGUUUCCAAUCCUUGCACCGGCAAUCCUGAGGUUCAAAUCAGGGCAAGACCCGGAUCGCGGCGACGCACAUACGACAGUUACUUGUACUUGCUUGGGAUGGUGGUGGUGCCACUCUCUCUUGUUUACGUCAUGAAUGUCGUGCUCAUCAUCUCCUUGCGGAAGGCAAUACGACGACGGUCAAAGAUGACAGGGGGCGAAACUGGCAAGGACCAGGAGGAGAAGGCGAAUCGACAGGCGACUCUCAUGGUGGUGUCCAUACUCAUUGUCUUCACCCUAUGUGAGACGCCAGCGACGGUUGAUAGGUUGGCGGGACUGGCCGGCCUUCAACUUUUCCCUGAUCGCCGAUAUCACGAUUACUUCAGGAAGUUUGGCCUCCUUUUGAUAGUGGUCGACUCGGCGAUGAAUUUCGUAGCAUACUGUAUUACCAAUAGAACCUUCCGACAGAAUUUCCUUUCAGUAUUCAGAAAGAAGAUCAAUUAA